AGAUCCAAACGUGUUCAGUUUAUAUGAUUUGGUGCUGUUGUAGCACAAUAACAUGUUAUGGACACCCAGUGUCAGACUUCGAGGUAUUAGUGGAAUCUGUUUGUAAAAAACGUCUUCUCACAACUUGACAAUAAUUUUGUAUCCCCCCCCAAAAAAAGCCAAUGAAGAAAGUGGACGCAAGGCAAGGAAGAGGUGGAGCAUCUGCGCCAUCUCAUCUGAUGCAGCCCUUUGCCUGGGCUAGUUCUGCUGUAUUUCCUGGUGAACAGUCUCGUGACAAUACUGUAUAGUAACUGUAUAAAAAGAAACCACACAAAACCACAGCUCAUCCUUAGCGCACAGCAAACGGUCACUAAAAUUUGAAGAAUGCCUCCUAAAAGAAAGGCAGCCUCAUCCACCAAAGCAAGGGGAAAAAAGGUGAAGGUGGAGCCCGAGGCUCCAGAAGAUGCCUUCAAAUCGGUUAAGGAGGCCCUAAAGGCUGCUCCAAAAGACAAGGCAAAGUGCAAGACAAAGAUCGAUGCUACUUGUGAAAUGAGCAGGGACUCUGCUGCCGAGAUUCAUGAAGAUUAUGACUGCAUGCUCAACCAGACCAACAUUGGAAACAACAACAACAAGUUUUAUAUCAUUCAACUAAUAAAGUCAGGGAAAAGAUUCUUCAACUGGAACCGAUGGGGCCGUGUGGGUGAAGUUGGUCAGUCGAAGCUUACGCCAUUUGUUGGAGUAUCUGAAGCAGUGAAGGACUUUGAGAAGAAGUUCAAAGACAAGACAAAGAACGAUUGGAACAAGAAGGACAAUUUCACUCCACACCCCGGGAAAUACACCCUGAUUGAAGUGGAGGGGGACGAGGAGGCUGAGGUCAAGAUUGAUACUGUUGAUGGAGUUAAAAAGGAAGUGCUCCCUUGCACACUGGACAAACCCACCCAGGAGCUCAUCAACCUCAUCUUCAGCAAUGAUAUGUUUAAUAAUGCCAUGGAGACAAUGAACCUUGACAUUAAGAAGAUGCCAUUGGGAAAGCUGAGCAAGGCACAGAUCGCCAAGGGGUUUGAGGCUUUAGAGGAGCUUGCAGAGUCCCUGAAGAAGAGGACUUCCAAGAAUAAACUGGAAGAGCUCUCCUCAAAGUUCUACACCAUCAUCCCUCACAACUUUGGGCGCAUGAGGCCCCCAGUUAUAGACACCCUGGAAAUAAUAACGGCCAAAAAAGAGAUGCUUCUGGUUCUGGCGGAUAUUGAACUGGUUCAAAGUCUCCAAGCAGAAAAGGACAAAGUUAAGGUGGAGGAGAUUGAAGCUGUGCCUCACCCACUCGACCAGAACUAUCUGCUACUGAAAUGUAACCUUUCACUGAUGGCUAAAGCUUCCAAAACAUACAAGGUAAUACAAAAAUACCUUGAUGAAACUGGACCACCGGGGGGAAAACUCAAGCUUCUCAAUGUGUGGGAAGUUGACAGGGAAAAGGAGGCAGAACGCUUUCAAGCUCAUGAUGACCUAGACAACCGUCGUUUGCUGUGGCACGGGACCAACGUUGCCGUGGUAGCGGCGAUUCUGAAGAGUGGGCUCAGGAUCAUGCCACAUUCCGGGGGUCGUGUAGGAAAGGGAAUUUACUUGGCAUCAGAGAACAGCAAAUCAGCAUGUUAUGUUCGACCCUCUGCCAGUAAUACUGGGAUCAUGUUUCUUACUGAGGCUGCGCUUGGGAAGGAGUUCAGCAUUGCAAAGGAUGAUUACACGCUGGAAGCGGCACCCAAAGGGUAUGACAGUGUGGUGGCACGGGGCAAGACAGAACCAGACCCUUCCAAGGAUACAGAGAUCAUUCUGGGUGGCAGGAAAGUGGUUGUUCCACAGGGGAAGCCUGUGCCUCAGCCGAAGUACAAAGACAGCUACUUCAGUCAGAGCGAGUACCUUGUCUACAAGGAGAGCCAAUGCCGGAUCCGGUACCUCCUGGAGUUGAAGUUUUGAGCAACCCUGUACUUCAUUUUCACCAUAGAUGAAUAGUAUGUGUAGCCUGUUCCUCGUAAAGAUAUGGUGAAUUAUCUUAUGACAGGGGCAAGUGUCCAAAAGGAACGGUGUAAUCGAACGGUGUAAGAUUAAAACAUUGCUGUUACAAUAACAAUCGUUCCCCUUUCCCAAAACAAAAACAGUGUCUCUAUGUUAAUACAGAAUGGGUAUACUAAUGACUCUUUUCUUCUGUUUGUUAAUGAUAAGGCACUUUCUGCAAACCCCUUUUAUCUGCAGCCUAUUUAAAUAUACGGAAUAAAUGAAGGACAAACAGUACAACUGUUGCAUGGUGUAGUAUACAGAACAUGUGAAAUAAACAGCCAUUUAAGUUCAUAUGGUCAUAGCAAAAUUUGCUAUAACAAUGGCACACAAAGUGGGUUUACAUGAUAGAAUGACAUAGAAGAGAACUAGAGUUAGUGCAGCUAGGUGUCCUAUAUGAAAAGCAUGCUUUACAAGUAAUGCUUUGAACUGUUUUGCAGACCAGCACCAUUUUUGGCAAGUAAAAGUGAAAAAGAUUUGCCAUUUUUUUUUUUUUUUUUUUUUUUAAUAAUACACUUUCAAAUUCCACUUUUCUUUUUUCCAGAUGUGAUUUUCAGUUGAUAGAAAAAAAGGGCAAGACCCACAUUUAAGGAAUUGUGCACAAGUUAAAUGAGAGUCCUGUUACCUUGACAGCAAGGUUAUAACUCUGAUUUAUGUUUUGCCAGAGGCGAUGGCAGAUGUUUCUUUUAUAACACUCUCCUUAAUUUUGCCUUAUCUUCUAUAGUCGUUCUCUUGCACAGAUUAUACUCUUUUUUGUUUUCAAAGUCUAAUAGAUACUGCAAAAUUACGAAUAAAGUUCCAAGGACCUUUUAUAACAUUUGGGUUUGUGGGAGGCAGAAACUCAAAUCUUGUGUUUGUCUGAAUUCUUCACCAGAUCCUUAGUUUAAUGUUGUAUGCUGAACUGGUAUAGUAAUGUAUAACAGUUGGUAAUGUAUCUUUUAAACAAGCAAUAUAUUAUUAGCAUUGUUUAUUUAUACGGCAUGUAGUAAAAUACACAGGAACAGCGCCUCUGUUUCUUGACUGUGCUUAUGCUAAUGUAUAGGUACCACUAAAGUAGUUAAACGCAAUACAUGGACCUUCGGAAUUUUUUGUUUGUGGAAGUGAGAUCAGAGUGAUGAUGCACCUGCCGCUGUCGUGUGGGGUCAUUGUUUUUGUUGGGAGAAAAAUCCAUCAUUUAAUUGUUCCCUAUUUAUAAAGCUAUAGCUCGUUGUAUUUAAACAACUUCCCCCCCCCCCCAAUGUCUGUUUUGUUUUUUUAAAUAGAGCUAAAAAAAAAAAAAAUCAAACAUUAUUUUGACUCGCUAGUUAUGCCUUAAUAUUAGUAGGGUCCAUACUGCAACAAAAAUAUGAAAUUAUUUGAAUGCAUUCCCUUUUUAAAUGUGGAUUCUGAAUCAUUGCCUAUAGCAGUUUCUGCAAAUUGGUUAUUGUUACCAUCAGUUAGAAAUCAUGACCAGUAAUACUUUCAGUUGCAGUCCAAAGCAAUUUGCUGUAACACAGGCCAAUUUGCAUCUGUAAUUAUGCUCACAAUAAUAGCUUUCCUGUCUAAUGAAGAGCGCUUGCUACUACCAUGUGUAACAAUGCUAUUUGUAUGUAUGUGUCUAUGCAUACAGAUUCCUUAUCCUUUUGCUGUUGAAAAUGUGCUGAAAUUAAAAAAAAAACCUGCCCCUACACCCAAUAUGUAUACAGCAAAGUGCCUUUAGCUGAGUCCCCUGUGUUCUGUGUUCUAGUCUGAAGGUGUAUCAUGAAUAUGAGUGGUAGGUAAUGAAAGGUCUUGUUAUAAGAUGAUACUUACUGUUGGUGAAGUCAUGCAGUAAAUGAGAUUGGGUUGAAUUGUAGUUAUGAUUGUAUUUGUAGAGUUGAAAUAAUAAUAAUAAUAAAAGUUGUUUCUCUUUUUG